AUGGGCGAUUGUGACACCUCUAGCGGAUGGAUAUUCGAAUAUACUGUGGAUCGCCGAGCACCGCGCCACCUCGACCGACACGCAAACGCUCUCAGAUACCAGGCUCUCAGAUCUGUACAGGAGUUAUUCAAAUUGUUCGUUAUAUACCCGUCUCACUCGCGCUAUCGACGACCUCGCUUCGAUGGAACGAGGCAAAUGGCCUUCUCAACUUCCUAUGCAAUCAAAAUAGAAUCCUAUGCUCAUUAA